AUGGACGACUAAAAUGAGACUUUUGGAUUACAAAGUUACUACUUCUAGCAAGCAAUAUAAAACCAGCCUCCUCCUUAGUAGUUAAACAUCUAUCCUUAAAACCUAAUAAAUAACAGAGUCAAUUCGAGUACUCUCGACCUGAGUGAGUUCAUUAAAUAAGAGAAUAUGCUUUAAAAUUCAAAUCCUUAGCCAAAAGAUCCGAUGCAAGUAUUUAUACAAAGAGGUAGACAUCUUGAGUGGGUCUAGAUGGUUGAGAAUGCUACUAAGUUGCUGACUGAUAGCAAAGGUUUGCUAGAGAUACUAGAAUCAGUUAUUAAAAAGAUUGAAGACUUUGUUGUUGACACUCAGCUCAAGACUAAGCGUAUUAUCUCAGACUUUGAGCAAAAGAUCAUCAGCCAAAUUCAUUAAAGUGAAACUAGUCUGCAAAGCGUUUUCAAUCAGGAAUAAUUCAACAUUUAUAAUGAGACAAUAAAACAGCUCAGUAACAAAACAAAUUCAGUCAGGCUAAAUCUAUAAGAACUAGAUUUAAUUAAAACAACUAAGUAAGAGGUCAAAGAAGAUGUUGGUUUUAUAGUUAAGAAAUAUGAAAUAGAAGGGAUGAUUAGAAUGUAUGAUAAAAUCGUAGGCCAUCUUGAAAAUGAUGUGUUGGCAUUACAGAGACAAGGCGAGAAAUCGAUUGAUAUUGUAUAAAUUAGUAAAGUCAUCAAUUAGGAAGUAUCAACUAGACUAAUGAGCAUUGAUGAGCCCGUAAAAUUUGUCAUUUAGCAUGGUGAGAGAAUAAUAUGCAAUGAUAAGUACUUUAAUCUCAAGACAGGCUAGUAUAUGGGUGAAAUUAAAUGGCAUGACUCGAAUUAUGAUGGGAUUUCUCUUAAUGAUGAGUCUGUGCUAAUGAGUCAUAACAACUAUGCCAAGAUGACUCAUUGGAUGUGGCAGGAUGGAAACUACAAGUACUUGAAGCGUAAAAUAUUCCAGUGCAGACAGCCAACUAUAAUGGCUACUAACAUCAAGAAAAAUCCUUAUAGGAAAGACUAUGUGAUAUUUUGCGUAAUGGGGGGAAACUCACUAAACUAGAUAAACAUUGAUAAGUUGAGUUUCUGCCAGUCAAAGCUGGUGUAUCAAGCUCAAAACAUCCCUAACUUUAUAGAUUAUUCAUUCGUAAGCGAGGACACAGCUAUAAUAAUCACAUUCUAGGGACUAGUUACGUAUGAUUUAAGAGCUAAGCAAUUUAUGAUGUAGCUUAGUCAUCAAAGCUUGAAAGCGCCAAUGAUAAUACCCACUUACUUUGAUAUCAAAUUCUUGCCUUUAAUAAUUAUUAAUAAUAACAAUAAUUUUGAGACUGCAGAUGUUAAGAAGAAAGAAACUCUUAGUAGAAUAAGAGGACUAGAGAGAGCUUAGCUACUUGGCUAGAUAUGGAGGAAAGGCUUAGGGGAAAAUAAUAACACAUAUGCUAUUGGAUAUGAACAGAGAAACUAGGAAAUGAAAAUGAUGCUCUACUAGGUUGUGCUAGAAUGA